GGAUAUUUACGCUUCAUCGGGAUCUCUCCGCACCAAACAAACGCCACCGUCUUCCCCAUCUCUCCCGUCCCCGGUCCGGUCCACCAACCGCCUCCAGGCCGCAACCAUGCACGGCCGCCGCCAUCUGGCGGCCUCCCUGGCGAGAACCCUGUCCCAGGCCCCCUCCCGCUCCAUCUCCUCCACCCCGUCCCUCCUCCAAACCCUUGACCCGACCCCGCAGUCCCCUCCCCUCGCCGCGCCCGCGGCGGGGCGGCUCGCGGAGAUGCGGAGGCGGCUGCAGGCGGAGACGCCGUCACUGGGGGACUUCGCGUACUCGGUGGAGGUGGGGACGCGGAAGAAGCCGCUGCCCAAGCCCAAGUGGAUGAAGGAGACGAUCCCCGGCGGGGCCAAGUACGCGGCCAUCAAGGCCAAGCUGCGGGAGCUGAAGCUGCACACCGUCUGCGAGGAGGCGCGCUGCCCCAACCUCGGCGAGUGCUGGUCGGGCGGCGAGACCGGCACCGCCACUGCCACCAUCAUGAUCCUCGGUGACACCUGCACGCGCGGAUGCAGGUAAAGAGAUCAAUCCUUUUCGUCUAUU